AAACUCCGGGUUAGGUUGAGCUUUUUUGUCGGCCAACUGAAAAACGCCACCCGGCAAAAAUGAUGACAGCGUGACGUUUCGGCAGCACCCUCCCUGAAUGUCCAAGUGCCCUCAUGGAUGACCUGACCCAAGCCCUCUCGGCCAGCUUUGCUGUGUCCAAGGAGCCCAACAGUACAGCCUGCCCCCACCCUCGGCUGGCCCAGUACAAAAGCAAGUACAGUGUGCUGGAGCAGAGUGAGCGACGGCAGCGUUUUCUUGAUUGGCAAAAAAGUAAAAGGUUAAACUAUGUCAACCAUGCACGGCGUCUGGCUGAUGGGGAUUGGACGGGGGCAGACAGUGAUGGGGAGGAAGAAAUGGAGAAACAGGAGGAGGGGGAACGAGCACAAGAUGGCAACACAGAAGAGGAGGAGAUGGAGAUCGAGAGGAGGAAGCUGCCAAAACAUUAUGCAAACCAGCUCAUGCUAUCAGAGUGGCUAGUGGAUAUACCAUCAGAGCUGGACACUGAUUGGCUGAUGGUGGUCUCUCCUGUGGGCAAAAGAUCUCUGAUUGUUGCCUCUAAGGGUUCCACUGCAGCGUACACCAAAAGUGGCUAUUGUGUGAACCGUUUCCCCUCCCUGCUGCCUGGUGGGAACAGACACAACUCUGCUAUGGGAAAAGACUACACAAUCUUGGACUGCAUUUACAGCGAGGUGGACAGAACUUACUACAUUCUGGACGUCAUGUGCUGGAGAGGCCACCCGGUCUACGACUGCCCAACCGAGUUCCGUUUCUUUUGGCUCCAGUCCAAAGUCCAGGAGACCGACAGCCUAUCAGAGAUCACCAAACGCAACCCUUUCCGGUUUGUGGGGCUCCAGAGCACAGACUGCACAGCAGAAUCAAUAAAGGCAGCCCUGGCAGCAGAGUACAGCUUCAGUGUGGAUGGUCUCCUCUUCUACCAUCGGCAGACCCACUACACCCCUGGCAGCACCCCUCUGGUCGGCUGGCUUCGCCCUUACAUGGUCACUGACAUCCUGGGUAUAGAAGUUCCUGCAGGACCUCUCACCAAGAAGCCAGAAUAUGCCAGCCAUCAGCUACAGCAGAUCCUGGAACAUAAGAAAACAUCAAGUGAAGUCCGCCCGGUCAACAGAAGCGGAGGGUAUGAGUUAGAGUACCUGUCCACUCCAAACCAGGGCAGUGAGGACACUCUGAACUCUUUGAAACAGACGCCAAUACGAGAAGCAUAUAUGGAGAUCUGAGUGGGAGGCUUAACGAGAUGCAAAUUCUAAAUGGUGGUGAAAGCCCAUAUAUGGUUCUUUAGAAUUUCUUCUGAAUGGUUCUGCAGAUCUGACCAAUUGCAAAGCUUGAAAAGACUUUCCUCACACAGUAUUUCACCACAUGCAUAUUCCUAACAUCAUACGUCUGCAGCUGCAGUUAGAAUAGAAUGAGAAACGUGUUGGCAUAAAUGGCCAAAGUGCAGCACAGUGAAGGUUGUGAUCUACCCUUUUUUUCACUUGAGCAGGGUCUUGCAAAAGAAGCAUCUCAUCAUUACUGUUGUCAGUUUAUGCAGGUUUAUUGCAGAAAUUUUUUGGAGCAGUUUGCUCAUUAGCUGAGCAAACGCUACAGAGUCUGCAGAAUGAACACUCAGCAAUUUGGAAGGCGCGGUAAUGCUGACUGGUCACAUCCUGUUAGUUAGUGCUUAUCAGCAACAGGGACAUGGGUUUUUACGAUGUAAUGUUGAAUUUGAAAUUGCUUAGGAAAUGUUUUAAACUGUGUGUAUUCUAAAUAAAUGUUUUUUUAUUGGC